AUGUUUCAUAAAGCUUACAACCCUUCACAGUGCUGUAGAUCUCUGGCUUCACACUGUGACCGCGACCAUAAUUCUGCCAACGAUCUCUCCCAUUGAUACACCCUUUCAAUACAGCAUUGCACAAAACAUUUGUCCUCCAUACCCAGAUCCUUGGUACGAGGCAAUCCAUCCAUGCCUAAUGACUGAAGGUGCAUGGCUAAUGGCGUCCGGUCAUUGACUCCCGGUAUGCUCGUCGCAUCGAACAGCUCCGAAGACCUGCAAACCAUAACACUUGCGGAAGCCGAUGAUCUCGCCGUCCUUCAAGUUGUGAAGCCAAAUGUCCCGCAACCCGUUGCUUUUCGUGCGACGACUUUUGGUGCACGCGUUUCGUGCCAGUCUGUGAAUCAUUUAUGUGUCCACGGCUACGCACCUCAGAAUUGUAGCGGUUUUUCUUCAACCUUCCCUCCAAUUUCCGGCUUUGACUCUGGAGGAUUGAAUGGGGGAGAGUCCAAAGUAUUCAUCCAAUCUCCGAAUUGUCCCUGGGAUGUCGAUUGCGAUCAUAUCAGCGCAGAUAUGAUCACAUCCCUUGCGGCUGCGCUCUCGUCUCAAGUACCGCCAGUGAACGCGUAUUCUCUGUGGAUGCCAUUUUUAUGGGAAGCCGCAGGCGAUACGGAGUUUGGGCACCCACCGGAAGGCAAUGAUGCGAUCGACAACUACAGCAACCUCGCGACCAUGGUCACUAAUUGCACACUAUAUUUCUACAACGUCACGCUUGACUACAGUAACGGAAGUUACGUGCGCGUAGACGAGGAACUGACUAAUGUCGGUCUCUCUGACGGCCUUGCUGCCUCGGCUCGACUCGGACACUAUGCUUCCCAUCUCAUCUCCAAUGUUCAAGGUCACGCGUUCACCGACAACUCGACGGACAAAGUGAUGGCAUAUACAGCAAGAUUUAGCCAGACUAGCUAUUGGCUCUGCCGCGGUCAUCACCAACCUCACAACAGACACGCUUUCGCAGAGUCGUCUCGGUAACUUAAUCGUCGGCCGAUAUCCAUUCUGGCCUGUCGUCAUUCUAUUGGCCCUACUAUACUUGCAAACAAUCGUAGCACUCAUCAUUUUCUUUAUGACGGCACUCGCCACGCAUACCGAUUUCGUAUCCAUUGCUGAUGGAAUUGCUGGGGAUGGGAAGCAGGUGUCCACAUUGGAGUUGGCUCGCGCACGAUUAAUGAACCCGGUCGCACUGGUUGCGCCACUCUUCCCACCAACUAAUCCGAGCGUAUCCCACGCUGCCCUGUCUAUCGAGACCGACCCGCUGAACAUGUUCAGUGAACGUUCUGGCGAUGAAGGCGUGCGACCUGGUUUGCAUGCUGCAGAAUCAGAUGGCGAGAUCGUUUUUGGUAUUUAUAGAAGGGCACGUCGCUCCGACUCUAAGAUGAACGAAGCUCCGUAAUGCGCGCUGAGGUCGGGCUACAGUCACCUACGGCGUAUCCACAGGUGCCGGAGAAUAAAAUUCGGUAUCCUUCAGAUUGUACCUGUCCACAGUAGCAUUUUAUCCGUAUGGUAGCACUCUACAAAUAAUAAGUAUAAGCUCGCCC